AUGUCUCUCUCAUCUCUCCCCAUCGAACUGCUCGACGCUAUCUGCGAGCCUCUCGCUUCCAACCCAGCCACCCUCGCGACCCUUGCGCUCACAUGCACAACGUUCAAUGCAUGUGCUACUCGGCAACUAUAUCGCACCUUAUCCGUAUCUGCCUACGCACGCACCCUCCCGAUCGUGCAGACCCUUGCUCGCCGACCGGACCUCGCAGCCCUUGUUCACUCAUUCGCACUCACUCUCGAUGACGCAGACUUUGCCUUCCGGCCAUUUUACGUCCUGCUUCGGUCGGCAUUAGGUCAUAUGUCCCACCUCGUCUCGCUAGAGCUUCUCGUAGAUUCGAACGCAAGCUGGGUCUUAUCCAGCCCCAGCGCACAGUUCCAGUUAUCCCAACUGGAGCAGUUCACAUGCUCAUUCCCGCUGGACAUGCAUGUAUCUGCUUUCCUGGGUCGCACCCCAGCUCUGCGUUCGCUGCAGAUUUCCGAGCCAGCCCUUCCCAGCUGCCAGAACCUCCCAGACACGCACAUUCCUUUAUUGGAAUCGUACACGGGUCCUGCGUCACUCCUCCCCCUCCUUGCUUCUCGUCCAGUUUCGACUAUCUACCUCUCGGGCGAUCUCAGGCUCGAAGACAUACCCCAGCCCUCGGGCGCUCCGAACGCGCGAGAAAUAGAGUUGAAUCUCUAUCCAUAUCCGGCUCCGAAGAACUCGGAUUCUGACGGGGGCAUAAAACGGCGAGAGCAAGUGCAGGUCUUCAGCGCGAUCACCAGUGAAACUCCUGCACCGUUGCUCGAAGCCCUUGCGCUCGCGUACCCAGGGCUUGUCUGUCUCAGGGUAAUGACAACGUCUGCAUUCUGGGACGCCCCGGAUAUGACUUUAUACACGCGUAUCGCAGCUACCCUAGCGUCUUUAUCAGCGCUUACAGUUUUCGAGCUGUCUGGAAUGCACUGGGAGGCGCGUCCAAAAGCACCCACCAGUCCGUCUGGCUUUGGGGUAGGACCAGAAGAGAAAGAAUGGAUCUCUCCGCCUGUCACACCUCGGGCCGUUGAAGGGAAUGAGGGCCACGAGUUUACCAUGGAAAAUCAGAGCCCCGAGCUCGGUCUGGGCGAUGCAUUCUAUGAUUGGUUGGAUUGA